AUGGAAGAGGCGAAUGUUAGUAAGGACGCAGUGCUGCUACAGGCUUUACAGCGAUUUGUGACCUUGAUUAGUAGUGGGGGCAGCGGGGGUCAGAAUGGGGUGGGGAUUAAUCUAAGUAAGAACAUUGCGUUUUUUCUGCGGUUGCACUUGCUGUCGCAGAUGAGACAGAUACAAAGUGAGGUUCAGGAUGGGGAGGAGGAUUUGAGUUCUGAGGGGAGUCUACAACAGCAUGAGCAGCAGCAGCAGCGGCAGCAGCAGCGGCAGAAGCCACAUAGAGAUGUACUGAUACAAUGGUGGAUUACGCUGUUGAAUUAUCUUAAUUCGGAUCUGAACUCUUCGAUGUUGCGGCAGCAGUCGAUGCCGACGGUGGAUACUAUAUCUGUUACGCUAGAAUCUAUCAGCAGGAUUAUCACGAUACUAAUGUUGACCGAUAGUACUGACCAAAGGGAGUUUGAGAUAUAUUCGCAUCAUUUAUUGCUAACUGUACAUUAUAUUACCAAUAGAUUGGUAGAGAAUUCCAAAAAACGAAAGACUAUAUCGCAGAAUACACAGUUGCCAGCAGCACAAAUGAAAGCGGCUUUGGUGUUUAUCCAAGCCUAUAAUAAUCUGUUACGUGCGUUUAUGGGUAAAGUUGUCGCUUAUGCUUAUUUCUACCUACCAAACUCAAUAAAUUACGAUUUCCAAGUACUGCGUUUUCUUUGUAACAACAUUAAGGUGGUUCGUUUAUCAGAAAACGUUAUUGUGCCGUGGAAAACUGUCCAGUAUGAAUUGGCGGAAGAUACAGACCUUGAGCAGCAGGCACCACUGAAUGCGCAGUCUUUGAAUUAUCUAAAAGCUGCAGGCACAGUUCCUGGGCAAGAAGACCUCAGAAUCUUCCAAGUCAUGAUAUCUUAUUUACAAAAUGAGCAGGUGUUUUCCACUUUUUACUGGCACUAUUGGUAUAUCCUGUUACAACUGCACCUUUCUGCUGGCCAAAUUGGUGGAAUCAAGUUUGAACACUGCCCUGGACUAUCCAUCUGUAUGGACUAUGUUGGAAAGUUCUUAAACAAAGAUCUGCCCAAAUUUUCGCAAUACAUGAGAACUCAGGAUUUAAAAGAAAUGCCACUUACUCCGAAUAACAAUGGUUCUGUUUUGGCUACAAAGCUAAACAACUUAUCAAUGACGUUGACCAGUGAUAAAUUGAACAAUUACAUAUAUUCUAAGUUUCAAACAAUUAAAUUGUGGGAGUGUUUACGCAACCUUGUUGGGUGCUUUAGAAAGAGCAAAAGGACGGGAGUAGAUAAUUUGUUACAUGCAUUAAUCCGUGAACACGAUUUGAAGCAACUAAAUACUAUCUCUAAGAUACCGGCUUAUGAUUCAAUGGUUGGCAAUUUGGUUUUCAAUAAGUUACUUCAAUUCAUAAUUUUCCAGUUUUCCAACUCGGAAUCUUGUUUUCUUGCUGAUUUGAAUUGGCCUUUGUGGAUUAAAGGCAUAGAAGGUAUGUUAUGGACUCUGAAUUCUAAUUGUCAAAGUACUGCACUAUUAUGUCUCUUUAAUAUUUGGGACUAUAUCCCUGUCACAGUCAGAGUUCAUAUUCAAGAAAUCCUGACGUCAGAUCUUUGGUAUAACUUGAGUACGGAGACUGAUUUUCAUAUGGUGCGAGUGUUAUUUAUGAAAUUGGUGGUCUUCCGAAUUGUACCAGAUCCUGAACUGGAUUCUGUCUUGAUUAAAUCAAGAUUGGAAGCUACAUACAACGACGCUUUAGAACUCAACAAGCACAUCAUCUUGGAAGAUGAUGAUAUCAAUCUCAGGACAAUCCUAACUUUCAAUGUCAAUAAAAAGCUGGCUCUUGUUUCUAAUGAAACUGUUACAGAGGAUGAUCUGAUGCUAGAAGAACGAAAGAAAUAUGAAAGUACUGGUACCUCUUCACAACACCCCACAUCAGUAUCGCCUACCUUUCCAUUGGUUAGCUCAUUGGCAAAUGUGCGACCUUCCGUAGUCUUAAUGAAAGGCAAAUAUCCGUUUGAUGUUUUUGAUGAAAUGGUAACUAGGGCAGCUUUUGCAAUGGCAGAAAAGAGGAAGAAACAAAGGGCUGAGCUGGAGAAACAAAGGCAAAGUAGGAGGUCUAGUUGGAAUAGUUCCGAUGACUUUGGAGUUGAAGGGAAUACAAGCACUAAUAGUAACCACGGGGUUGUUUCUGCAUGGUCAACAAUUAUUUCGAAGUUGAGCCCUUAUCAUAAGCAAUCAAAUAUCCCCUCUGGUUCGUCCUCUCCAGUUACCGGCACUGUGGGGGGCUCAUCUCGUGGAGAAGAUAUUUUAUCAACUGAAAGCAUGGAUUCUGAGUCUGGGGAGAUUUUGUCUAUGUACUCUAGUGCCUCUCAAAUCUCUUCUGUUACUAAUUCUUCGGAUGACUUUGGGCCCUCUAAAAGGUUCGCCACUGGAUCUAGAGGCUCGGUUUCCUGCAGUCGUAGUCAGGAAAGUUUGUUAAAAGGGCAAAAAAAACGCAAACUGUUUGCUCCUCCAGAACUGAAAUAUUCUGCAGCAGUAACAGAAAGCGCUGGGAUCAGUCGUAUUUUCCGUUUAACGACCACCCAGGUGCCAGUACACUCUGGAUCUUUUGCUACUGCUCUCAUUAGACUUCGGGAUGCAAAUGAAAAAUGGGGUAUCAAGAAUAAUCAACUACAUCCGUACGAUAAACCACUGCCCUCUUCACCGGAUGCACCGGAACUGGGAAACGAUACACUGAUAGACGGGUUUGAUUUUGAGUCCUUAUAUGCAUCAGCAGUUGAUGAGAUUCCUGAGAUGAUUGAUCUUUCUUCUAGGACGUCUACAAAUAACAACGAAUCGACAAUAUCCGUAGGAUCUAUAACUUCAGAUCAAAUCCCACAACCUAACUGGAAUUUCUUCAUUAUAUUUCAUAAACGCAGUAACUCUAAUAUUGAUGAUAUUGAUACAAUAGGAAACGCCACAAUAACAGACUCCAAAUUUGCCCCAGAAAAUACAGUGGAUGUGAGUCCUUGUCCAGAAGAAGCUGCUGGCCCUGAUAACUGUGACGCCGUACUACCUAUUGAAGAGAUGCAGAAUGAGUACUCAACAGAUUUGAGUAGUGUUUAUAGUGAGAAGAAACAACAAACUAUCAGGAUGUUGCAAGCCACUAAAAUGCGUAAACUGCUGCGGCUUAUUUUAACUUACAACUGCACAGUAAAGGAAUUUUUGGAUUACGUCAACAGGUCUAGUGUUGAGGACCAAGGAGGGCAACUCUUUAUGGAAUUCGAUAUUGGGUCGCAGGCUAACCGGCAUGUAAAAUCCAAUAAAGAUUGUGCAGUCAAUGCGUUCGCAGCAUAUGAAUGA